CCACCGUAACGGCAAAUCUACUUCCCAUGGGCGAAUCUCGAAACGGUGGGAAGAUUUUGGCGGUAAAAUGAUCCUCAACAUCACGACGUGGCGCAUUCCCAUUGGCUCCUAUGGUUCUAAGCGAAAUCCCUCUGGCUGUUUUCCUUACGAUCGAUCUGCUGAAUCUCCACCGUUUCCGGGGUUGCCAGAGCUGCCGCGCCCUUUGAUUUUUGGAUCUACAGAUCAGUGGGAUUUCGAUUACUGGACAUUUGUGUUGUGUAGUUAUACAAUUCUAGCUGCUUUGAAGACUAUGGAAGAGUCGAAGCCUGCAGUUGCAACAUCUGGUGAUUCACAAACGAACAGGAGUGACAGCAAUGCUAUUGAAGCUAGAUUCACUGACUUGUGCAAGAAUGGGUUAUCAUUGCAUGAGAAUGCUUUCAAUGACGCUAUGAAUUUAUUCAAAGAAACCAAAAACCUUCUACCAGCUAAUGUCCUGACAAUUGGAAGUGGAGCAGUGGAAGAAGCUGAGCGGUUUUGGUUUGCAUUUGUACUGUAUUCCAUAAAACGGCUAAGUCAGAAAACAGCAGAAAGUGUGCAGCAGGGUGAUAAUAAGUUUACUUUACACCAGAUACUUAGAGCUGUAAAGCUGAAUAUUGUGGAUUUCUUUAAAGAGCUACCUCAGUUUGUGGUAAAUGCUGGCCCUGUUUUAAGUAACCUUUUUGGUGAAGAUUGGGAGAACAAACUUGAGGUAAAGGAGUUGCAGACAAAUUUUGUUCACUUGAGCCUUUUAAGCCUUUUUAGCAAGUCCUAUAAGCUGGCAUUUUGGGAGUUCUUUGUAACAAGUAACACAAACUUAGACAAGAAUCCAGAUGCCAACUGUGCCACUGAUCCAGUAUUGGAGUACCAUCGAUUUGGGUGGUUGCUGUUUUUGGCACUCCGUGUACAUGCUUUCAGCCGUUCUAUAGACCUAGUGAGGUGCACAAAUGGUUUUGUUUCUAUACUGGCUGUUUUAAUUAUACAUGUUCCCACUCGCUUCAGAAAUUUCAACAUCCGUGACUCUUCACGCUUUGUUAGGAAAGGUGAAAAAGGAGUAGACUUGCUAGCAUCACUUUGCAACAUGUUUGAUGCUUCAGAAGAUGACUUGAGGAAAACAAUGGAGAAAGUUAAUCACUUAAUAGAAGAUAUAUUGAAGAAGGAGCCCAGUGCUGCAUCUGAGUGUAAAACUGAGACCCUAGGAAACAUUGACACAGACGGUUUGAUCUACUUUGAAGGCCUAAUGGAGGAGCCAUCUCUUUCAUCCAGUUUGAAUAUUUUAGAAAAAGAUUAUGAUGAUGCAAUUUGUAACAACAGUGAACUGGAUGAGAGGGUAUUCAUUAAUGACGAUGAUAGCUUACUGGGUUCUGGGAGCUUGUCUGCAGGUGCUGUAAAUGCAUCUGGCAUGAAGAGGAAAUUUGAUUCAUUAGCUUCACCAACAAAGACAAUCUCAAGUCCACUGUCUCCUUAUCAUUCUCCUGCUGCAUCUCAUGCAAAUGGCAUUCCAGCAGCUUCUAAUUCAAGGAUGGCAGCUACACCCAUAAGCACAGCAAUGGCAAUGGCGAAGUGGCUUCGUACUUUCAUUUCUCCACUUCCAUCAGAACCUUCAGCAGAGUUACGGCGUUUUCUGUCCUCUUGUGAUAAGGAUGUCACCAAUGAUGUUACACGUAGGGCACAGAUAAUAUUAGCAGCCAUAUUUCCAAGUAGUGCUCUGAGUGAGCAUUGCGUAGCCAGAAGCCUACAAGGCACAAACCUGAUGGACAAUUUAUGGGCUGAACAAAGGAGAUUGGAAGCUCUCAAGUUAUAUUAUAGGGUUCUGGAAGCAAUGUGUAUGGCAGAGGCUCAAAUUUUACAUGCAACUAAUUUGACCUCUUUGUUAACUAACGAAAGAUUCCAUAGAUGCAUGCUUGCUUGUUCUGCAGAACUAGUGCUAGCGACACAUAAAACUGUCACAAUGUUGUUUCUGGCAGUUCUGGAGAGAACAGGUAUCACAGCUUUUGAUCUUAGCAAGGUGAUAGAGAGUUUCAUUAGACAUGAGGUAUCUCUACCAAGAGAGUUGAGGAGGCAUCUGAAUUCUCUGGAAGAGAGACUUUUGGAGAGCAUGGUGUGGGAGAAAGGAUCUUCUAUGUACAAUUCUUUGAUAGUUGCAAGACCAGCCUUAUCUGGAGAAAUAAAUCAUCUUGGGUUAUUAGCAGAACCAAUGCCAUCUUUGGAUGCAAUUGCCAUGCACAUUAACUUUUCUUCUGGAGGCCUGUCCACUAAUUCUCCUUCACAGAAGUGUGAAACCUCACGUGACCAUGUUGGCAGCUCAAUCUUAGGUCAAAAUGGGGAUACAAGAUCUCCCAAGAGACCAUGCACAGACUUCAGGAGUGUCUUGGUGGAGAGGAACUCUUUUUCAUCACCAGUGAAGGAUCGCCUUCUAGCAUUGACCAAUAAAUCAAAGGCACCCUUGCAAUCUGCAUUUGCCAGUCCAACACGGCCUAACCCAGGUGGUGGAGGGGAAACGUGUGCAGAAACUGGAAUCAAUAUAUUCUUUGGCAAGAUUAAUAAGUUGGCUGCUGUUAGGAUUAAUGGAAUGGUUGAAAGGCUCGAAUUGUCUCAACAGAUAAGGGAAAGUAUCUAUUGUCUUUUUCAACAAAUCCUUAGUCAGCGAACAUCUCUCUUCUUUAACCGUCAUAUUGACCAGAUCAUCCUCUGUUGUUUUUAUGGAGUAGCAAAGAUUUCUCAAUUGAACCUGACUUUUAGAGAAAUUAUCAACAACUUUAGGAAGCAACCACAGUGUAAGCCACAAGUUUUUCGAAGUGUGUUUGUUGACCAGUCAAUACCACAGCAUAAUGGGAGAACUGGGCAGGAACAUGUUGAUAUUAUUACAUUCUACAAUGAAAUAUUUAUCCCCUCUGUGAAGCCUUUGCUGGUAGAAAUUGCUCCUGUUGGGACAAGCACAAAAACUACUCAGAUUCCUGAUGCCAAGAAUGGUAAUGAUGGUCAAUCUCCAGGAUCACCUAAAGUUGCUCCUUUUCCAAGUCUCCCUGAUAUGUCUCCAAAGAAAGUAUCUGCAUCACACAAUGUAUAUGUGUCUCCACUGCGGACAUCCAAGAUGGAUGCUCUAAUCUCACAAAACUCAAAAAGCUUAUAUGCUUGUGUUGGGGAGAGUACUCAUGCAUAUCAAAGCCCUUCAAAGGACCUGACAGCCAUCAACAAUCGCUUAAAUGGUACCCGGAAGGUCAGAGGCACACUCAAUUUUGAUGGUCUCAAUGUUGGCUUGGUUAGUGAUUCAAUGGUUGCCAAUAGCCUUUAUCUUCAGAAUGGUGGCUGCAUGUCAUCUGGUGCAGCACAAAAAUAAGAUUAACCAAAGUUUUAAUUCUGCAUUCUACUUUGUUUGCCUGUGUUGUGUAAAUCCUGGCGCUCCUCCUGUUUUUUCUUCUAGUGCAUCAAACCUGUAUCACAAGGGGUAUUGUAUGCGCGGUAAUUAUUGUAGAAUAUCCGCCACCUCCCCAUGUGCUCAGAGACAUUGAUUGUGUAGUUGUAUCUGCCCUAACAAAUUUAAUUUAAUAAAGUUUGCCUUUUGGU